AUGAAAACGAUUGCAUUGAAGUUGGCGAGGGGACGCACGUACGGCAUCGUCGGUCAGAACGGUGUGGGGAAGACGACACUGAUGACGAGGAUCUCGGCGAGGGACAUUGCGGGCUUCCCGACCGACAUCAAGUGUGUUUUUGUUCGGCAUGAGAUUCUUGCCAACGACAACCAGUCAGUGCUGAACUACAUGGAGCAGCAGGGGAAAGACGCGAACUCAGCGAGUAGUGUGGGAGAGAUCUCCCGUGUCCUCGGCGAGAUGGGUUUCACUGACAAGAUGCAGAACUCGGCGGUGCUGGAGCUCUCGGGGGGGUGGAGGAUGAAGCUGGCGCUGGCAGGAGCCAUUCUGAGCAAGGCAGACUUGCUGCUGCUGGACGAGCCGACGAACCAUCUCGACGUGGACUCGGUGGGAUGGCUUGUCAAGUACCUCAACGAGCUGAGAGACACGACCUGCGUCAUAGUCAGCCACGACUACUCGUUCCUGGACAAGGUUGCGAGCGAUAUCAUCCAUUUCGCAGACCUGCAGCUCGCUUACUAUGAGGGAGGAUGGAAGGAGUUCGCGUCGAAGCGCCCGGAAGUGAUCUCGGCCCUGCCCAAGAGGCGAACUCAGUCCUACUUCGCCGAGCUGACGGGAGAGUACGAGGCCCUGAUCCGGUUCCCCGAUCCCGGCCCGCUCCAGGGGGUGAAGAGCAGGCUGAAGCCGAUUAUCCGCUUCACAGAUGCCAGCUUCCAGUACGAGGGGACGGACAGGCAGAUCCUCAAGGAGAUCUCGCUGAAGAUGUCGAUGACGAGCAGGGUUGCGCUGCUGGGGAGGAACGGGGCGGGGAAGACGACGCUGCUGAAGCUGCUCGUCGGGGACCUGGAGCUUACUAGCCACCCGAACAACCGAGGAGAGAUCUGGAGGCAUCAGAACCUGCGCGUCUCCUACAUCGCGCAGCACUCGAUGCACCACCUGGAGGAGAACCUGCUCCUUACCCCCGUCACUUACAUCCAGCAGCGCUUCUUCCAGGGGAGGGACCAUGAGCUCGCAAAGAUGGGGAGCAUCUGCGAGAUCACAGGGAGGGCCGUGCGGGGAGGGCAGCUGUGCUACCAGGUCAAGAGGACCGGGAGGAGGGACGAUGAGACCUGGGAACCCAUGAGCAACCUGGCGUGCAAGGACGCGUACGUCAGCAAGCUGAUCAAGAACUAUGACGAGAAGCUCAAGGUGCUGGCGUCCGGCGUCGAGCUCCGCCCCCUCCACGAGACCGAGGUCAAGCUCCACCUGCAGAACUACGGGAUCGAGGAGGAGCUGGCGACGUCCAAGAUCAAGGGUUUCUCAGGAGGGCAGAAGAGCAGGGUGGUGCUUGCUGCUGCUAUGUGGACUCGUCCUCACUUGAUCUGCCUGGACGAGCCGACGAACUUCCUGGACAAGGAGACGUUCAAGGCGCUGGUGAAGGCGAUCCAGAGUUUCCGAGGGGCCGUGCUGACCAUCUCGCACAACCGCGAGUUCGUGGAGAAGGUGGCGAACGAAGAGUGGAACUUGGAGGAAGGGAGACUGAGGGUGAACAAGAGGGCCUCGAACGAGCCGGAGGGAGACGGGGAGGGAGAGGGAGAGGAGGGGGAGGCAGAGGGGGAGGGAGAGGAAGCGAAGUGA